UCAGUUGGGUGGCGGACGACAAUAACGGAAGCAAUUUCAUGCCAUUCAGGCUUGGCUCAUCCACGACCACCAUCUGGCUCGCGCACGUCAGUCAACCACCUCGUCGUCGUCGACAUCCACCUUCUUACCCUCUCAAGACUCCGUCAAUCAUUUUAAGGCCAACAGUCCCAUUCGUGCGCCUUGCAUUGAUUUCCCAGUUCAACACCUUGCCACGCUGGCCAAAGAUCAUGCGGGCCACGCUGCCGACGGCCUAAGAUUCACAUACAGCCAGCCCCGGCGCCCUUCGACGCCAGCGAGCUGCGACUCUUUUGACCGACCCAACGCUCGCCUGAGGCCUUAAUCACACCUCUAAAAUUAAUAACAUGGUUUAUGCUCCGCAAAGGCGCCAUGCCGUAGCUUCCAUGUCAACGACAUUACAGGCGCUCGCGUUGGUGCAGCAUUUCUAUGCGCCCAACAUGCUCGUACUCUUGUGUCGCGUCUUCUCCUUAAUCCACAUUAGAGCUCCUCCGGUUAUUCAGCCUACGCGCUCUCUAUUCUCGUUGUGGUUUAUGGUGACGAUCACCAACCUAGCUGCCGUCUUCUUCCAUGUCAUUGGAGACGGGGAAGGAGGGUACGACACUAAAGGGCUCAUGCUUGACUUUGUCGGACAAGCCAACCCCGGCUCCCUCACCCGAGUACUUAUACUGGACCUUGUCAUCUUCCUCCUGCAGCUCGUAACCCUCAUCGUCUGCUACAUCGUCAACUACUCCCCGACGCUGCCCAAGUCAGAUGUCUUUCCAUUUGAUGACCUCCUCCUGCCGCCAGAAGCGUCCACCGGGAUCAGGACCGAGGCGGACCUCGACGUGGAAAGCGGGGGCCAGCUGCGCCAGCGCCGACACGGAAAAGGACCACGCUACCAGAACCUGGCGACAGACGAGUCUGGGUCAUGGCCAGAAGGCGAAGAGGAAGAGCUGCCAGCAAUCUCGUCGCCGUCCCGCUCACCAUCGCGGGCAUCGACCCCGAUUCGACGCGGGCGCUCCGGAGUCCCACUGGUGUUCAGUAUCCCUCUGGGGCAUAUGUUGAACCUCAUUGUCCGGCUACCAGGGCCAUCACCAAUGAGGGUCGCCUCCGGAGGGACGCCUCUAGCCUCGCCUCCCGCAUCGCCGCGUGGCACCCAAGAUGAAAUGUCGCUGCUCACUACCGCUGUGGCUCAGGCUUCAGUCCAAGGUGGGUCCCAGCUGCCUAACGCAGGCAUGGGAGGCAGCGGUAGGCCGCCACUGGAAACGGCAGCUGGCGGCUCUCGAGACGAAGGAAGGCGCACAGAAUCGGAAGAGGAUGAUAUGGGUCGUAUACCAGGGGAUUAUUGGACGUCUGGAGCUCGGUAGUCCAGCACGCACAUGCAUUGUACAUGUACAUCUA